GCCUGGGCCCGCCUCUUGCCGCUGAUUGGUGGAGCGCGGCUCCGCCCGGUCACGUGCGCUCCCGUCAUGCCCCGCAAGCUGCCGUUCAGCGCCAAGCGGAAAAAGCAACAGCUCCGGGACCGGAGGGAGCGGAAACGGGGAGAUGUUCCCGGUUCGGGUCCCGGCAGCCGCAGCGGGAGCCGCGAGCGGGGCACCGGGGAUGGCGGCACCGGGGACACCCCCACGGAACCGGCCCGGAGACGGCACGACCCCGGCAGGUUCCGUCUGCAGCUGGGGGGGCCCCGGGCCGAGGCUCUGGAGCGGAGCCGGCGCCGGGCCCAGGAGGAGCUGCUGGAGCCGCUGCCCGAGAGCGCCCUGGAGCUGGAGCCGGACAGUGUGUAUGGACCUGGGCUGGAUUUCCCGCGCCGUCCCCGCUGGGAUUUCGGGAUGAGCCCGGAGGAGCUGCGGGCGCGGGAGGAGGCGGCGUUUGGGGCCUUCCUGCGGGGGCUGGGGGAGCCCGGGGACCCCCCUGGGGACCCCCCUGGGGUCACCCCCGAGGUCACCCCCGAGGUCACCCCAGGGGUCACCCCAGGGGUCACUCCCGGGGUCACCCCGGGGGUCAGAGGGGAGCUGGCGCCCUUUGAGCACAACCUGGAGACGUGGCGGCAGCUCUGGCGCGUGCUGGAAAUGUCCGACAUCGUCCUCCUCAUCGCCGACGCCCGGCACCCGGCCCUGAGCGUGCCCCCCGCCCUGGCCGCCCACGUGACGCGGGAAUUGGGGAAGGGUCUCAUCCUCAUCCUCAACAAGGUGGACCUGACCCCUCCGGCCGUGGCCGCGGCCUGGACGCAGCUGCUGAGGGCUCGGUUCAGCCCCGCCCGCGUGGUGCCCUUCAGCACCGGACACACGGCCGGACACACGGCCGGACACACCACGGCCGGACACACGGCCGGGAACAGCGGGCUGCAGAAGAAGCCGAAGAAGAGGGGGGGGCGCUGGGCCCGGGCCAUGGGACCCCGACUGCUGCUGGAGGCCUGCGAGGAGAUCGUGGGGGGCGCGGUUGACCUCAGCAGCUGGCGGGCGCGGCUGGAUCGGGCGGAGCAGCGCCCGGAGGAGGAGGAGGAGGAGGAGGAGCCGGAAGUGGGCGUGGCCGAGGAUGCAGAUGAGGAUGAGGAGGGCUCGGGGGGCGUGGCCCCGCCCCGGCAGUGGGAGCGGUACCGGCACGGCGUGCUGACCCUGGGCUGCGUCGGGCUGCCGAACGCGGGGAAGUCGUCGGUGCUGAACGCUCUGCUGGGGCGCAGCGCGGUGGGCGUGUCCCGCGCCCCCGGCCGCACCCGCUACUUCCAGACCCAUUUCCUGACGGCCUCGGUUCGGCUCUGCGACUGCCCCGGCCUCGUCUUCCCCUCCCGCGCCCCGCCCGAGCUCCAGGUCCUGGCAGGGGUGUACCCCAUUGCCCAGCUGCAGGACCCCUACUCAGCCGUGGGGUUCCUGGGGUCCCGCCUGGCCCUGCCCCCGCUGCUGCAGCUGCGCCCCCCAAACGGCCCCGGCUGGACGGCCUGGGAGCUCUGCGAAGCCUGGGCAGAGAAGAGGGGCUACAAGACGGCGCGGGCGGCUCGGAACGACGUGGCCCGAGCGGCCAACGGGAUCCUGCGGCUCGCGGCCGAGGGGAGGAUCCGGCUCUGCCUCACCCCCCCGGGCUUCACCCAGCAAAAAGAGCACUGGGAGCUCCACCCCGACACCGCGGCCUUGGCGGCCAUGAUGGGGGGAGGGGCAGCCCCCCCUCCCCCGCCCGGGGACGGCUCCACCUCCGAGGAUGAGGAGGGGGAGGGCUCAGACCAAGCCACGCCCCCUCCAGCCCCGCCCCAACCCCUUCGCUUUGCUGGGAGAGGACGAGUGCUGAGCCCCGCCCCCUCCCGGGGCAGCGGCCAAUCAGAGCGCGGCGGGUUAUCGCAUCACCAUAUAUGGAAUAAAGCUGAGUUUAUUUCUGCAGAGCUGAUUGGCUGCUUGGGGCCGGGCGGGGACCAAUCAGAGCGCAGGGGCGGGGCCUGUGGAGUGACAUCAUUUGGCCACGCCCACAUCUCUUAA